GGAAGCCUGAGCAACAGAGAGCCACGGAUAACUGUCUGCUUUGUUUUCUUUGCUUUCCCGUUCUCCCUGCAAAACUCAAGAGGAAAUCAUGCAGAUCCCUGCACGGCCUCAUGGACCCUACGGAUUUUCAGUGCGUCCCCAGGCUGCUCUCCACCCGGACUAUGCCAGCAGUGCGUGUGUGGCCACGCACAAUCCAGCAAAACCCAGCGCGGGGAAAUCGUUCACCAUCGACGCACUUCUCGCCAAGCCUGACAACACCAAGACGAGUCCAUUUCAGGGCUCACUGAACCCUGCGCCAACGCCACCAGGUCUCUUUCUCCAUGCCGGACAGAUGUGUCCUCCACUUCCUCACUACCUGUACAGCCCGGCUAUGAUGCACACCCAAUCCAGCUACCCAGUCUACUGCUGUCCGCCCUACGGAUACCAGACAACAUGCCCAGGAACUGUUUACUCACAAGGUAAGCAUGGAGGUGCCACACUGUCUAAAGCAGGAGUUCACUCGCACUACAAGCACAAAGGAGGGAAAUCAAAGCGGAUGCGCACCAGCUUCACCAACGAGCAGCUGUCCCGCUUGGAGAAGGAGUUUGCGCGCCAGCAGUACAUGGUGGGAUCAGAGCGCUUCCUGCUCGCAUCCGCACUCCAGCUCACCGAGGCGCAGGUCAAAGUGUGGUUCCAGAACAGGCGCAUUAAGUGGAGAAAGCAGAGUCUUGAGCAGCAGCAGGCCAAACUUGCCAAACUGGGACUCGCGGUUCCUCCCAAAAGCCCUGGAUCUCAAGGCCGGGAGGAUGAGGGAGACGAGGACGAGCACGAUUUCACAGAGGACUCAGAUGUUGACAUCGAUGACUCCCUGCACGCCUGAGAAGCGUUACAGUGACUUUACCAGCCAACACUGCUUUUUGUACAUAUUUGGAAUGCUACAUAUUUUGUAGUACCACCUUUUGUAUAAAAGAAAAAAGAAAAGAAAAAAUCCAAUAUAUUUAAGUAAUAGAUAGCUAUAUAUUUAAGACCUUUCUGUAUUAUUGCUCUUAUCAGAGUACAGUUCCUUCCUUUGUACACGUUUGUAUGGAUGAAAUAAA